GUGGCCACGUUCCUCCCCUGGCCCAUUUCGCUGCCGAGUGCCCCGACGGCCCAACCCCGUCGCUCGUCUUCCUCCUCGAGCGAGCGCCGCCACCCCUCCCCACCCAUCCCGCUGGCGAGCGCCCCAGCCCCCUCUCUCCGUCGCUCGUCUUCCUCCUCGCGCUAGCGCCUCCACCGCAGUCUUGGUGAAGAUGAGGAGAACUAAGAAGAGGGGUGGUGGUCUCGCAGGGAGAUCGCAUAAGAGCACAACACCUCCCAAUGGUAAAGGAGGGGCGACUGAUUUAGUGACCUCAUUCAUAGAAAAGAUACGUAGAACUAAGAGGAGGGGUGAUGAUUUCACAAGAAGAUCGCAUAAGAGUAUAAGAGGUUGCAAUGGUAGUGGAAAGACAACUGAGUCAAUGGCCUUAUUACGUGACUUGCAUGAGGAGAACUGGACGAGGCUCAGUGAUGAUGAUUUCGCAAGAAGAUUGCAUAAGAGUAUAAGAGGUUGCAAUGGUAGUGGAAAGAUAACUGAGUCAAUGGCCUUAGGUGACUUGCAUGGGGACUCUAACCGAUAUGACUGGACUAGGCUCAGUGAUGAACUCAAGUCAAGUUUGUCUAGAAGUGUUGUGUCGCUUGCUCUGUGCAAUGGAGACACAGUGUUAUUUGCAUGCUCAAGCAUAGCUGUAGACUGCCAGGAGAAUCAUACAAGGUUUUUGACUUCAGCAACUUUGGCCAGAGCUUUCAUCAGCGGUGAUAAAAGAAAAUUCCAUGAUAACUUAAAGAUUAAAGUGCGCCAUGAAGGCAAUGAAGUGUACGAGGGUGUUUUGUCUGAAUAUGAUUUAUAUCACAACUUUGCUAUUGUCAUCAUCAACACCUCCCUCGAUGUUCAUGUUGGACUUUUCAAACAUAGGGUGGAAAAUCGGCCCCAUGGUAUGGUGCUAGCUUUAGCGCGUGGCAUCUCUGGCACAUUAAUACCCACAAAUGUGAUACUCGCUAGUGAAGAUCAUGAUGCUCAUUGCCAAAUGUCAGAGGUUCUGGAAGGUGGACCACUUUUUACUUUUGAUGGGAACUUUGUUGGCAUGAACCUUUUUUUGGUUAUUGUAAAAGCCUAUUUCGUAUCACGGAGCUCAAUUCUCGAUUGGCUGAAUUGUAAAUCCCUGCAAAAGAAGACAUAUCUUCCUCGUUCAAAAAGUUUAAAGGCAGCCAGGUUUGGAUCCAGACUCACAUGUGACAAAUUGAAUGGCCAUUCAGAAGUACAACGACCAAUACACAGAGAUGAUAUGACCAGCGGAUAUUGUAGGGAUCUAGAGUCCCUGGGUUACCCUCAGCCACAAAUAGACAUGGUCGAUGAUGGCAUGAUUUUGGUUAAUACUUUUGAAGAUCCUUUUGGUGAUGCAUAUCCAGAAGGUGUCUGGCAUGAAUUCAGUAAAAGUGCUUCUUCUGACAUAGAUCGCUAUGUUGUCGCACUAGCUUCAUUUAAAGGAUGGAAAAGGCAUUUCGCAUGCACGGGUUUUUUUAUUGAAUGGAAUGGAUCUACUACUAUUCUGACAUCAGCGAGCUUGGUUAGAAGUUCUAGUGAUGAAAACAAGACUGAUGAAGAUCUGAGGAUUGAAGUGUUGCUUCCCAACAAACGGCGCAUAGAGGGCAUCCUAGAGCAUUACAGUCUGCAUUACAAUGUUGCCCUAGUAGGUGUCAGGAAUUGCCGUGUUGUUCGACCAUCAAGUAUUCAGCCUUACCGGUUUGGGCGUUCUAAAGUGGCAUCUGUAGGGCGUUGUUUCAUAUCAGGCGCGUUAAUGGCCACAAGUGGGCGGCUUGUUUCCUGGUCAGGCACGCUUGACUGCAGGUACACUGUACGAUCGUCGUGUAAAAUCACCAAGGCUGGGAUCGGAGGACCACUUGUUGAUAUGCGGGAUGGAAAAGUUAUUGGCAUGGACUUCUAUGAUAAGAGAAUAGGAACCCCAUUCCUUCUCUGGAAAGAUAUUGGCAACAUUCUGGCACAUUUUGCAGGAAAAAGUAAGCAGGCUGGCGAAGUUGGGCGUGAGGAUUGUGAUCCCUCUAGUGCCCGUUUUUGGAAAAUGGAAGGAGAUGACAGUGAUUGUCCAAGCAGGUGGCCUGUGCCUGAGCCAUGUUGGCUUCGUCCUGACGAUUUGGUUGAAGAUGAAUCUGAGGAUGACGAUGAGUCGGGAAUUCAAUAUGGGUACUCAGGUGGAAGAAAAGUUCUAUAUUUGUAGGAGUCAUCACGUCCUCUCGAUACUAUAUAGAAUGUCGAUGCACGAUGUAUACUCUGUUCAGCGAGUAGCACUUUGUGUAAUAGCACACAUUUUCGUUGUGAUUUAAGUUAUAUAUAUGUAUAUAGACAGUCUGUCGUACCCAUGAGAAGACCAAUUGUAUAUCUACCUGCCUGUGCUGUGCUCUAGCUAGGGAGAUGCUUUUUUGUAAAACCCAUUCUUCUUUCUUCA